CCGCUACAAUAUUGUAGUUUAAUAUUAAAAACGAAACUCAUUAGGGGGAGACGCUGCCAUAAAACGCAUUAAAAUAACUUAGGAUCUAAACUUUAAAAAAAAUACUUCAGGAAUUGCGUAUUGAUUAGCACUAAAAUUCAAUUUUCACAUACGAUUUUGUUUCUGACGUACCGUAUGAUUCAAGUUCCAAAGUGAAUUCAAUAGGGUAUCUGCUGAGCAGAGCCGGCGUGGAUGCACCACUGUCAGAUAGUUUCAGCAAAACCACUAGUUAGUUUGACGGGCAGGAGCGUGGUUCUUCUUUAUCGUUUUUUUUUACAUCUGAAGCAAAACAGGAAUCAUGAUGUCCCCAUGCCAAGAGAACAACACCUUCGGGUUGGAGCAACACCUCUGUCGAGUCCUCUCUCCUGAUGAACAAAGAUCUUGAUGUCUUGAACAACUGCUGAUUUCGUACAACAGACCAGUCAGUGGGGAGUCCUAAGUGAGCUGACUGACUGGUGCAUUGACCAGGUUCCCCAACCUGUGCUGUGCUGUGCUGUGGGGGCCAGUGCCCUGUGCAUGGUGACUGAACAGGGUCCCAUCGAACACCUGUGGAAUGGCCUAUGAUGACAUGUGGCAUAUUGGGUUUAGAGACCAGUGAACAGGCACAUGUCUGCAGGGGCUCUAUGAAGUGAAAAGGACAAAAUCCUACUAGACAGCAACCUGGAGCACAGUGACAAGUCAGGACUUUUCUGCUGAAGAGGAAGCUCUCAGAGAAGACCUCAGGUACUACUUCAUGAGCCCCUGUGAAAAGUACAGGAUGCGGCGCAAGGUUCCUUGGAAACUAGGGGUACAGAUUUUGAAAAUCAUCAUGGUUACCACUCAGCUUGUUCUCUUUGGGCUGAACAACCAACUUGUCAUCUCCUACAAGGAGGAAAAUAGCAUGACCUUCAAGAACCUUUUUCUGAAGGGGUACACAGGGACCGAUGAGGAUGACUACAGCCGUGCAGUUUACUCUCAGCAGGAUGUUUAUGAUUGUGUAUUUUUUGCGAUUGAUCAGUAUGCCCUGCUGAAGAACCUGUCAGUGGGCCCUGUGAGUUAUGCACAGGACGACAGUGAAGUGUCGCCUUUAGUCAUUUGUAAACAACAUUACAGGAGAGGGAGUGUUCACUCUUCAUACGAGUCUAAUGAUAUUGACCCUGAAACAGAAACUGUUUGUUUGACAUUGGACAUCAAAACUAUAGAAGAUAAGGAAUGGAAAAUGGCCAAUGCCUCUUUCUUUAACCUCGACUUUUACAGGCUUGUUAAUCUGAGAAUCAGCUUUCGACUAAAUGGAAUCAACCUCCAAACAAUACGAUCUCAUGAAUUGCCAGACUGUUAUGAAUUCUUUAUAACGAUAACGUUUGAUAACCAAGGUCACAGUGGAAAAAUGAAAGUCUAUUUUGAUAGUGAGGCUAUUAGCAUUGCAUGCAAAAAUUGUAAGAAUAUAGGAACAGUUCAGAAAAACAAGCGUUAUCUACUUGUAUUUGAUGUCUUUGUCAUUGUGACCUGUUUGACAUCAGCAGUGCUUUGCACACGAUCGAUUGUACUUGCAAUUAAAUUACUUCAGAGGUUUGCUCGGUUUUUGCACGUGAACUACAAGCACAAGGUGUGUGAGGCAGACAACCAGGAGUUCCUAAACAUCUGGUAUGUCAUGGUCAUUGUCAGCGAUGCCAUGGCAAUUGUUGGGUCCAUACUGAAGAUGGAAAUACAGGCCAAGAGCCUUACAAGCUAUGAUGUCUGCAGUAUCUUUCUAGGAACUUCAACAUUGCUGGUCUGGGUGGGAGUGAUCAGAUACUUGGGAUACUUUCAAAAGUAUAAUGUCCUUAUUUUAACAAUGAGGGCAGCCUUUCCAAAAGUCCUGCGAUUCUGUUGCUGUGCAGGAAUGAUAUAUUUGGGGUAUACAUUCUGUGGAUGGAUUGUUCUUGGUCCUUAUCAUGAAAAGUUUGAGGGUCUGAGUCGAGUUGCCGAGUGCCUGUUUUCACUGGUUAACGGAGAUGACAUGUUCGCCACCUUCGCCCAGUUCCAGGAGAAGAGCACUCUGGUUUGGCUGUUCAGCCGGGUUUAUCUCUACUCCUUCAUCUCCCUCUUCAUCUACAUGGUGCUCAGCCUCUUCAUCGCCCUCAUCACUGACUCUUAUGAAACCAUUAAGAAUUACCAGGAGAAUGGUUUCCCCAUGACAGACCUCCAGAGGUUCCUGAAGAGAUACAGGGACUUCCCCUCCUCUGAGAGCUGCAAAGAGCAGGAGGCCAAGUGCUCCUUUGUGUGCUGUUGCAACAGGAUUAACAGCUUCUGUAUGAAUCAGGAGACAGCCAUGAGACAUUGUACCUUUACAUUUCUGUUGUCAUGAGGGAAGACAACAACCAAGGUCUCCUCACAUCUUCUGCUCUGACUAGCAAUUCUCCACGAUGUCUCUUCCUGUAGAAAAUUAGAAAUACCUCUCAUUGUAAACCCCUCUCUGUCCUGCAUUUGUCUUUCUUUUUACCACUCCACCAUCUCUCUGGCAACUUUGCAACUCCCACUUGAUCUCUGUCUGGGGUCCUAAUGUCCUCAUCCUGCAGCCAGGGGACAACUCUCAGCCAAGCUGGUUAAACAAGAGUUUAAUUCACAUUCCUGUCGCAUUUUCUUCUGGAAGAUGUUAUUCCUCAUGCCAUACGGUAUAAUGGGUAUUAUUAAUAGAUGUCUAGUUAGGAUAAUUAAUUUAUUACUUAGAAUGGGAGUAGCACACACAGAUUGGAAUUCUGCAGAUGUCAACUAAUUUAUAUAAAAUGGGAAAACUGAAGAAAAUGUAUACCCUAAUUAGUCUUACUUCUAUUGCUGAUAAAGUUUUGGAAAAGAAAGCUAGAAAUAACUUGAAUGCUAAAAAAAUAAGACUAUACUAGUACAAUCUGAAAUAUCUCUAUAUCAGCUUUUUUAACAUUCAUCUUUUAAACUGUAGUCUUAAUCUACACAAGUAGUAGUUUUGAUGAGUACUUUAAAAAUCUAUUUCACUGUUUAGUUUUUAAUUUGUAGUAUAAUUAAUCCAAGAAGAAAUUUCAAUUUGUUUCAGAUCUUCCAUUUUUUGUAAAAAAAAAUUGUAAUUUUUUUUUCUUUUUCAAUGGUAUUUACCAGACUGCAGAUAAACUGUCACACCUGAUUCAAACUGUACUUAAAAAGUGGUGAAACGGAAAUGAAAGCAGGAAAGACUCUGAACAUUAAAUAUUUAAACAUUUUGAUUAAUCUGUCAGUUCUAAUUUAUACUUUGUUACAUU